AUGCUGGACGUGGUGAUCGUCGGAGCAGGGAUAUCGGGCAUCUCCUGUGCGAAGCACAUCCGCGCCAGCGAUGGCAUGCGGCAGCAUCGCAUCAAAGUCCUGGAGGCCACAGACAGAACAGGACGCGCCAAGACCGUCGUGCAGAAAGACGGCUCAAUUGUCGAUUGGGGCACAACCUGGAUCCACGGCGGACCAGGGAAUGUGAUCCAUGAUUUUGCGACAGAGAAAGGUUUGAUGCUGGACAAGGAUUGGAUGUCCGAUCCUAAGUGGCAGUGGGAGGUACUGCCGUUGAGGCAUUUGCACGGGUCGGAAGCUUCCCCCGCCGAGAAGCAAGCGUUCGACGAAAUGGAGAAGGCAUUUGACGGCUUCACAGAAAAAGAGGCAGUCGGCGACCAAGCCGACGAAAAGUCAUUGGGGGCUUUGUUGGAUGAAGAGUUCCAGAAAUGGGCGCAGCAGAAAGAGCAUGAUGCAGGAAUGAUGCAAACAAUGUUUGAAUUUAAGAAGCGCGAGAUGUCGUCGGGCGUCGGAAGUCCGGACUUAUACACCGCGAGUGCAAAUGGCUUUGUCCAGGCCGAAGACGGUUUCGGUCACGAUUGCAUCCCACUGCCCCACGGGUAUUCUUCCAUCGUUCGAGCGUUGCUGGAAGAGGUUCCGGACUUGGAUGUUCAGUACGACGCAGCGGUUAAGGAGGUGACCAGUCACGACAACCACGUGGAGAUCACCUUGGAGAAUGGGGACAAGCUGCAGGCACGCACAGUGGUUUUCACAGUGUCCGUGGGUGUGCUGAAGUCAGGACAGAUUCGAUUCAAGCCGGAGCUUCCGCAGGAAAAGCAAGAAGCCAUUCAACGGAUGGGAUUCGGGCAUGUGGAGAAGUGCAUCUUGACGUUUGACAGCGAUACUUGGGAAACUCUGAAGCAUGGAGUUCACUGUUUGUGGCCACCUGAGCGUGAUGGAUAUCGGAAUGCCGUCCUGAACGAUUGGGAGCCUUGGCGCGAGCUGUUCACGGUGCGCGAUGUCGGGCCCUCUCUUAACGGAAGAGCUUUUGGGGGACUAACCGCUGGACGGGCCUUGAUAUCGGGUGCGCGGACGGUGCGCGGGGUAUCGGGUGCGCGGACGGUGCGCGGGCGUGGACAAGGGGCGGGAGCGCGAUAUCGGGUGCACGGACGGUGCGCGGGGGAGGGCGGUGACAAGGGGCGGGAGCGCGAUAUCGGGUGCGCGGACGGUGCGCACGGACAAGGGGCGGGAGCGCGAUAUCGGGUGUGCGGACGGUGCGCGGGGAAGGGCGGGGACAAGGGGCGGGAGCGCGAUAUCGGGUGCGCGGACGGUGCGCAGGUUACGGAGCAGAGUAUUGUGGCCUUCUACCCCAACCAGCCGCGCUCAAGCCGCUCUUUGGUGGCCUGGAUUGUGGCAGACGGUUUCUCAAAUACUUCUGCGCCGGAGAAGGUCAUGAACUUGUUGCGCCGCUGCCUGGGUCGCGACAUUCCAGAUCCCGUAGAGACCAACUUGACGAACUGGGGGCGAGAUCGGCGCUUUUUGGGCUCCUGGUCCUAUCUGUCCGCCGGUCAGCCGCUAGAUGCGUUUGGGAUGCUCGGCAAGCCAUUUGGAAGAGUCUUCUUUGGCGGAGAGCAUACGCACCCAAAGUACUUCGGGACAGCACAUGGUGCGUAUGAAAGCGGGGCCAGGUGUGCCCAAGAGGUGAUCGAUGCGCUCUCCCGGUGGGAGGAGAAGGUUAGACAGAGAGUGUUUUCCGCUUUGAUGUCUUUGUAUCGGCUCCUUCCAUCGCACUUAUUGCAGGCUCGAGCAGGAACCGCAAGGCUGAACGCGAGCUCCUUCGUCCCAGACAUGGGCGUCGUUGCCGCGAGAGCGGCCGAGCCAGAGGCUCGUGACGGGCAGUACGACUACGUCAUCGUCGGUGGUGGUUCAGCGGGCUGUGUCGUUGCAUCUAGGCUCAGCGAGGAUCCGACUUUGUCUGUUCUCUUGAUCGAGGCCGGUGGUGGCAACCAAGACUGGGCAGUGCAGUCGCCCUUCUUUGGUUGUGCCCGUCUGCCGCACAGUGACAGGGACUGGAAGUAUGAGACCGUGGAGCAGGAGGUGACUGGGGGUCGAUCACAUCACUGUCCACGAGGCAAGCUUCUUGGAGGCUGCAGCUCGAUAAAUUCCAUGGUUUGGGUUCGCGGAGAUCCACGAACCUUUGACGACUGGGAGAAGCGCUUGCACUGCAAAGGUUGGGGUUGGAAGGAUGUGCUGCCGUACUUCCGCAAGUCGGAGCAAUUCAAUGGCCCGGACCCACACGACCUACGGGGUUCUGGAGGGCCGAUCCAGGUCAGCGAUGCCAGCAGGGGCGAGUUGGCCAGUGAGCCCACGUGCCAACUUUUCCUGGACGCUUGCAGCCAGUGCGGAAUCCCCACCAAUCCGGACUACAACGGUCUGCUGCAGGAAGGUGCAGCCAUGGUUCAGGCGAACGUGAAGGAUGGCCUGCGGUACGACACGGCAACUGCGUACCUCUACAAGACUGGUGCAAUGAACCGCCAAAACCUGACGGUUCUUACCGAGUCCUUGGCAACCCGCGUCGUGCUUGAGGGCAAGCGCGCCAGCGCGGUGAUGUUCCAAAGGAGGGGGGCACCUGGAUGCGCUCGUGCCAGGUGUGAGGUCGUCCUAUGCUGCGGUGCCAUUGCAACGCCACAGCUGCUGAUGCUUUCAGGCAUUGGGCCCAAGGCUCAUCUUACGGAUGUGGGUAUCGAAUGCGAGGUUGAUCUUCCCGUGGGUGAGAAUCUUCAAGAUCAUGUGAUGUGGGAGAUGAAGUUCCAGGCCAAGAGGCCAAUGCACUUCAACCCCGCUCGACCCUUCAGCUUGGCCUUCGGUCUAUGGCAAUACCCUCGUGGGACAGGUGUCUUCAGCUUUCCACCGGUGACGGCUGUGGCUUUCACCCAGUCCAAGACCCCUGGCAGCAUGCCGGAGAGGGGAAACGAUGUCCAAUUCCACAUGCUUCCGUUCUUCCUCAGUGAAUUUCCCUUUACGUCAUUGUGGCCAAAGAUCCCAGCGCGACAGGAGGUUUCGGAAGGCAUCUUGCUAUUUCCCACCCUCCUCUUGACCAGGAGUCGCGGGCGCCUGUGGCUGAGAUCCAAAAGCCCUUCCGAGCAUCCGGCACUGGAUCCUUGCUACCUGAAGGACAUGCAUGACAUCCAGGUGGGUAUAGCCGCACACCGCAUGGCUCGGGAGGUCGUCAAUGCCCCGGCGUUCCAAGGCUGGCUUGAGAGCGAGGUGCUGGAUCCGUUGAUUAAUCACCCACCAGACUCGGAGGAGUACAUCGCCGAGUACAUUCGACGCCACGCCAACACCGUGUACCAUCAUUGUGGCACGGCCCGGAUGGGAUGCGAUGGUGACACCGAAGCUGUGCUCGACCUCAAGCUUCGCGUCUGUGGCGUGAGUGGGCUGCGGGUGGCUGAUGCCUCGGUCAUGCCGGGCAUAGUAACGGCCAACAUCAACGCCGCGGUCAUCAUGAUCGGCGAGCGGGCAGCGCACUUCAUACGUGAGAGGGCAUGA